AGGGCACUGACGUGGCUAGUUCUCUUCGCAGAACACGGAAGUAAAGAUCGCAUCAUCUGACGUCACUGCUCCCGUUAAGUUGCAACCAGGCUCUUUCUCCUGUAUGAUCCACAUGCGAUGGAAAAGUAUGAAAGCGUUGUGUAACUGUACAUGCAGGACCGGAACACUAUAGAAUGUAAUGCUACUGUAUAGGCUCUGUAAAUGUUUACGAAAGGAGAUGUAUGCCCGAUCAGUCGUUAGUGUCGAAGCUUGGAGAGAGACCCCCGCAACUUUUCCUGAUGUGUGGCAGAGGGUAGACAUUUUUGUUGGUUUACAUUAGCUACCUAGCUUCAUACUAUACAGUACUACUGAAACCUGUAUGUAGAUUUUUACAGGACAGUUCUCAAAACGACCAUGGCUAACCGACUGUCGGACCUUUUCUCGAAUAGCCGCCUCGUCAUUGGAUUAUUGGCCAACUUGCUAUCAUCGAUAUGCAUCGUUUUCAUCAACAAAUGGAUCUAUGUUCACUAUGGCUUCCCGAACAUGACUCUGACUCUGAUCCAUUUCGUUGUGACAUGGCUUGGACUAUGGGUAUGCCAGAAGAUGGACAUAUUUGCGCCAAAGAGUCUCCAACCCACCAAAAUUAUCUGGCUCGCUCUAAGCUUCUGUGGCUUCGUGGCUUUCACCAAUCUGUCUUUACAAAACAACACCAUCGGUACUUACCAGCUGGCCAAAGUGAUGACAACCCCUGUGAUCAUUGUCAUACAGACAAUGUACUACAAGAAGACUUUCUCCACCAAGAUCAAGUUGACUUUGGUGCCCAUAACGUUAGGUGUGAUCCUCAACUCCUACUAUGAUGUGAGAUUCAACCUCCUGGGGAUGGUCUUUGCCACACUAGGAGUGUUCGUCACCUCCCUCUAUCAGGUGUGGGUAGGUGUGAAACAGCAUGAGCUCCAGGUCAACUCCAUGCAGCUACUCUACUACCAGGCCCCCAUGUCCUCUGCCUUCCUCCUCUCCCUCGUGCCCUUCUUCGAACCUCUCUCUGGGGAGGGGGGCAUCUUCGGACCCUGGUCCUUCCCAGCACUGGCCAUGGUGAUGCUAUCUGGCCUCAUUGCCUUCCUAGUCAACCUGUCAAUCUACUGGAUCAUAGGGAACACCUCUGCUGUUACCUACAACAUGUUUGGCCACUUCAAGUUCUGCAUCACCCUGUUGGGGGGCUAUGUUCUCUUCCAGGACCCCCUGUCUCUAAACCAGGGCCUGGGCAUCCUCUGUACCCUCACUGGCAUCCUCUCCUACACCCACUUCAAGCUGGCAGAGCAGGAGGAGGGCAAAAGCAAGCUGGUCCAGAGGCCAUGAUAGGCCCACCGGAGUGCCAAUCCAUAGAGGCUGCUGCUCUCAUUGGUUGCUCGACAACUCACUGGUUCCCUAGGUCUGUUUGAGGGAAGGGCCAGGUUGGAAUCAUAGAACUAGAGGUUGGAAUCAUAGAACUAGAGGCUGGAAUCAUAGAACUAGAGGUUGGAAUCAUAGAACUAGAGGUUGGAAUCAUAGAACUAGAGGUUGGAAUCAUAGAACUAGAGGUUGGAAUCAUAGAACUAGAGGUUGGAAUCAUAGAACUAGAGGUUGGAAUCAUAUAACUAGAGGUUGGAAUCAUAGAACUAGAGGUUGGAAUCAUAGAACUAGAGGUUGGAAUCAUAGAACUAGAGGUUGGAAUCAUAGAACUAGAGGUUGGAAUCAUAGAACUAGAGGUUGGAAUCAUAGAACUAGAGGUUGGAAUCAUAGAACUAGAGGUUGGAAUCAUAGAACUAGAGGUUGGAAUCAUAGAACUAGAAUUCUAUAGUUGGAAUGUGAUUGUUGAGUGAAAGGGGAACUGGCCAAACAGUGAGAUAAAGGGAGAUAGUUCUGGCAGGGGACACUAAUGAUCAUGUUUUGUAAGAUAAUGAUGACGAUGAUAAUACACUGCUAAAGAAGUGGAAUGUAUAGUGUAUUGGAAGAUGUGGGAGCUCAGUAUUUACAUUGUUUUUGCAUUACUCAAGAUGCUGUCUUAUAUUUCAGUAUUUUUGCCGGUACGAUCAAACAGAGGACAACUUGCUCUUUAACAAUUUCCAAAUGCUGAAGAUACUUUUGCAUUAUUUAAUGAUUUUCUUUUUUCAUACUGUGAUCUUCAAUAAAUUGUAUUUUAUUGAUA